AUGUAUGACAACAUGUCCACCAUGGUGUACAUAAAGGAAGACAAGCUGGAGAAACUCACGCAGGAUGAGAUCAUCUCGAAGACCAAGCAGGUGAUCCAGGGGCUGGAGGCCCUGAAGAACGAGCACAACUCCAUCCUGCAGAGCCUGCUGGAGACGCUCAAGUGUCUGAAGAAAGAUGAUGAGAGUAACCUGGUUGAGGAGAAGUCCAACAUGAUCCGGAAGUCGCUGGAGAUGCUGGAGCUUGGCCUGAGCGAGGCGCAGGUCAUGAUGGCCUUGUCCAACCAUCUCAACGCCGUGGAGUCGGAGAAGCAGAAGCUGCGUGCGCAGGUGCGGCGCCUGUGCCAGGAGAACCAGUGGCUGCGCGAUGAGCUGGCGGGGACGCAGCAGAAGCUGCAGAAGAGCGAGCAGGCCGUGGCGCAGCUGGAGGAGGAGAAGAAGCACCUGGAGUUCAUGAACCAGCUGAAGAAAUACGACGACGACAUCUCCCCCUCGGAGGAUAAAGACUCCGACUCCAGCAAAGAACCUUUGGAUGACCUUUUUCCGAAUGACGACGAUGAACCUGGUCAAGGCAUCCAGCAGCAGCACAGCAGUGCGGCGGCCGCUGCUCAGCAGGGCGGCUACGAGAUCCCGGCGCGCCUGCGCACACUGCACAACCUGGUCAUCCAGUACGCAUCCCAGGGCCGCUAUGAGGUGGCUGUGCCGUUGUGCAAACAGGCGCUGGAGGACCUGGAGAAGACAUCAGGCCAUGACCACCCCGACGUGGCCACCAUGCUCAACAUCCUGGCCUUGGUGUACAGAGACCAGAACAAAUACAAAGAUGCAGCCAAUCUCCUCAACGACGCCUUGGCCAUCCGCGAGAAGACGCUGGGCAAAGACCACCCCGCGGUGGCGGCGACACUCAACAACCUGGCGGUGCUUUACGGCAAGAGAGGGAAGUACAAGGAGGCGGAGCCACUGUGCAAACGGGCGCUGGAGAUCCGGGAGAAGGUUCUGGGGAAGGAUCACCCUGACGUGGCCAAGCAGCUGAAUAACCUGGCGCUGCUGUGCCAGAACCAGGGCAAGUAUGAGGAGGUGGAGUACUACUACCAGAGGGCCCUGGACAUCUACCAGACGCGCCUGGGCCCCGACGACCCUAAUGUGGCCAAGACAAAGAACAACCUGGCGUCCUGCUACCUGAAGCAAGGGAAGUUCAAGCAGGCAGAGACCCUGUACAAGGAGAUCCUCACCCGCGCGCACGAGAGGGAGUUCGGCUCUGUGGACGACGAGAACAAGCCCAUCUGGAUGCACGCCGAGGAGAGGGAAGAGUGCAAGGGAAAGCAGAAGGACGGGGCAUCGUUCGGAGAAUAUGGCGGCUGGUACAAAGCCUGUAAGGUGGACAGCCCGACUGUUACAACGACUUUAAAAAACCUCGGGGCUCUCUACAGACGUCAAGGCAAAUUUGAAGCUGCUGAGACCUUGGAGGAAGCGGCCAUGCGGUCACGGAAACAGGGCCUCGACACCGCCCACAAACAGAAGGUGGCUGAGGUGCUGAGUGACGGGGAGCAUGCGGAAAAGGGGCGCAGCCGCGAGAGCUUGGACGUGGUCAAGUACGAGAGUGGCCCUGACGGAGGGGAGGAAGUGAGUAUGAGCGUAGAGUGGAACGGGGACGGCACUGGAUCUUUAAAGCGCAGUGGUUCCUUUAGCAAGCUCCGCGCCUCCAUUAGACGCAGCAGCGAGAAGCUGGUUAGGAAGCUGAAGGGAGGCGGUGCACGGGAGAGUGACCCCAAGAACCCUGGGGUUCCCGCAGAGCCCCUCAGCGUGGAAAAUGACAGUAGCAGUGGAGGCGCGGAGGAUGCUGCCCUCAACUGAGUCUGCACACAGCGCCUGGGAGCCCUGUGAGAGCCCGGGACCGCCGAGGCUGGAGGGCCGGAGCCUGGGCCCCCUCCUGCCCCAGCCUGGGCAGCCAUACCCGCUGACAGCCGGCGG